AUGCAGUGCGACGAAACUAGGCCUUUUUGCAGGCGAUGCGAGAAGCUGGGUACUCCUUGUAGCUAUGGUGGUUCUCCUCAAAGUCAGGACCUCCAAAAGAUGGAAGAACCAGACGGGACCGUAUUCUCUCUGUCGCUAAAGGAUCUGGAAUCGAUGGUCAACCGGGUUUUGGCGACAGACUCGGACUGUCUUGACAUUUGCACGUUGAAAACGGCCAAUGACACUCGGCCCGUAACGGCCAUAGCGUUUCAGCACUUUAUGAACUAUUCAACAGACGCCGUUGGGAAUCCUUCCAUACGACAUGUCAUGAAGAGCGAUAUGAUUCGCGUCGCCUUUGGACAAGCAAUCAAGGCAUAUCAAGCCGCGCUAUCAUCAAAGGUCUCCCCGCAAAAUGUGGACGCUCUGCUGUCAACCUGCAUGUUCAUGGGCAUUACGUCCGUCUGCCCCGAUCGCUUCGAACCUACGGACUCGUGGGUUCUGACGAACGCACCCGGGGCAAUGAACUGGCUUUGCCUGCAGAGCGGCAUCCGCACCAUCAUCAAGCUCGCUGGGCCGUACAUACAGUCUAGCAUCUGGGCAUCGGCAUUCCAGCAGACUCACAAGGAAGAAGUACAGUUGUACGAGCAGGGCGUCACCCAGGGCCGCGAGGGGCUUGAUCCGGACCUGGCUGAUUUAUGUGGGAUUGAUGACUCGACCACCGCAUCGAUGAAUCCGUACUAUGAGCCUCUUAGAAUACUGGCGGCCAUAUCCCACUUGGAAAAGAACAUGAAGAAUGCUGCUCAAUGCGCGUCUUUCAUGGGCAGGCUGGAGAAUGAUUUCCUUGCACUCCUGAGGGAGAGAGACCCGCCCGCGCUGUUGAUCCUGGCGCAGUGGAUGGGUCUUAUAUGUACGCUGUCCGAAUGGCAGCCCUGGAUAGAGGGGCGGAUCCGCGGCGAAUGCACGGCUAUCUGCAUGUAUCUAGAGCACAGCGCCGACCCCCGGAUUCAGCGGCUGCUUCUCUUCCCUGCGAGCGCGUGCGGAUAUCACCUGGCAUACGCUUAA